GACAUAUUCAGUGUGUUAUCAUCCUCCUUCGGUGGUUUUUGCACAACAUAAUCAUUCAAUAUGGCGGCGCACAGGAUAGCAUGUCUAGGGUUAAAUGCCCUUUAUUCCACCGUCUGCGCCCCAAAGCAGGCCCUGAGGACUUGCUGGGGGGCAGUGGAGCAGGUUAGGGGUUACUAUGUUGACUGGAGGAUGCUGAGGGACGUCAAGAGAAGACAGAUGGCCUUUGACUACGCUGAUGAGAGGCUACGGAUCAAUGCACUGAGGAAGAACACCAUCCUUCCCAAAGAGCUUCAGGAGGUGGCAGAUAAAGAAAUUGCAGCAUUACCGAGGGACAGCUGCCCUGUUAGAAUACGUAACAGGUGCGUGAUGACUUCCAGACCUCGAGGAGUGAAGCGGAGGUGGCGACUGAGCCGGAUUGUCUUCCGUCACUUGGCUGACAACAACCAGAUGUCUGGGAUUCUGAGGGCAAGGUGGUGACAUGGACGCUAUGGUUGGAUUGGAUCAUGAAAAAACAGUGUUUAUUAUCAGCAUUCAAUAAAGGCUUGUUUUGGCCUUUAGUGUUUGCAGUCUUUAGAGGUCCUGACUGUAAGAAAACAGUUCCACAACUACCCACAAAUGCCCUGGAAGGUGUCAAUAUUUGAAGCAAAUCCACUGAGAUUAGAGCAGCAUAUUUUCAAUAUUCUGUAUAUGCUGAGGACAGGGAUAUGUCCUUUCUGUAGAUCAUGUGUGUCCCAGUCAGUAAGUUGCUUUUGCUUUCUUAUGGGUCUUUAUGAAAAACAUAUUCAAAGAGAAAUGUUAGUGUGACUCCUCAGAGAAGCAAAUAUCCAUGCAAUUUACUGUACUCAGAAAUGGGUGAAUAAAUAUUGUUUUACCAUACAAA